CAAUAUGUCCGUGGAAGGCCCCGAGACAGCCUCCACAGAGGAGCAGAAGAAAAUGGAAGAUAAAGUGACUAGUCCAGAGCAAGCUGAAGAAGCAAAAUUAAAAGCAAGGUAUCCUCAUCUGGGACAAAAGCCUGGAGGCUCAGAUUUCUUAAGAAAACGACUGCAGAAAGGGCAAAAAUAUUUUGAUUUGGGGGAUUACAACAUGGCAAAAGCAAAAAUGAAGAACAAGCAACAUCCUGCUGCAGCCGCGGAUAAAGCGGAGGUCACUGGCGAUCACAUUUCCACUCCACAGGACCUUCCUCAUCGGAAACCCUCCCUUGUUGCUAGCAAGCUGGCUGGCUGAUUAAAAGAGCUGAACUGCACGAAUCUCCUGAUUCUCACCGCUUUUUCUCCUUACUG